AAUGGAAGAAAAGAAAGAAACUUAAGACCUUGCUCAAUUAAAAAAGGAAAUGCUUGGAACAGCUAUUAUCAAAGUAAUAAUCACUGUUAAAUAAAGGAUACAGAUAUGAGUCCCGAUAUGCUUUCAGAAGUUUAAGACUCGAUAGUUUCAGGAAUUGAAAAUAAUUCAUCUCCAGUAUUAUCGAUUGAAGUAUAAUAAAUUAUCAAUUUUAUUAAAGAAUGCAUGCAAAACAAUUAAAGAAGCACUUGAAAAGAAGUAUGGUCCAACUUGGCAAGUGAUUAUAGGUAAUUUAUUGUAAUAAUCAAUUCUAAGGUGAAGGAUAUGCUUAUGAUGUUACAGUAUAAAACAAUACUAGAUUAUUUAUGUUUUAUAAUGGUAAUUUAGCUUGUCUAGUAUUCAAAUCAUGAU